CAUACUUUUCUACAGAUUCCCAAAGACUAGGCAACGAAAUAAGAUGUGUCGGAUCGUUGGAUUCGCGUGCGGAUUGCUAGUUCUGGGACUGGUAUCCGCUACCCCGUACCCGGAGCUUUCCGUUUCGAAUCUGCCGCUGUACAAUGAUGGAAUCUACUACGAAGAAUUGAAAAUGCUCAAGCUGCAGGCAAGUACGUGGACACUGCGCGCGGAAUACGACAUGGCACAGUUUCUCGAGGAGCUGGCCACAGCCAACCGCACCGUGGGAAACCUUCUGCAGGCUUGUGCGGAAAUGCGAACGAAAGGCGCUGGCAAUUGCGAGGGAAUCAGCAACAUCCGUGAGCUCAUGAGCGAGCUCAACGAUUUCAGUGCGUUGCUGAUGAGCUUUUGCUCGGACAACGAGGAUGGCCGGAACCAGCAGCUGAAUCAUCGAAGGUCGCGUCGCGGUAUACUGCGCUCAUGGUUUGGCCUGAUGGACAGCAGCGAUCGACAGGAAAUCAACGAUAACUUUACGCGUGUCCACCAACAGCUAGAUAUCGAGGCAUCAACGUUGAAACUGUUCUACAACACCACCAACAAGGCACUGGCGGCCUUAUCUGGGAAUUUGUUUCGCGUAGAUCCGGCCAAGCCGCACAAGAUUGAUUUCACCCGCGAAGGACAGCUGCUGUUGAUGGACAUUCUGCUCAAUAAGAUAAUCGCCAAGAAGAACCUGUUCAUGGAGCUUCUGCAAAGCACUACCUCUGACCGGUUGAGCGAGAGUAUCAUCAGCCCGAACCGACUGCUUGACGAGCUACGGAAAGUGGAGCGGCUGCUACCCGACGAGUUCCGCUUUCCGGUAGAUCUGCGAUUGCGCGAAGUGAUCAAACUGUAUCCCCUGUCCAAGGUGGCAUCGUAUGUUGAAGGUUGCCGGCUAGUAGUAAACAUCCUGCUUCCGCUUUGCAAUCGAUCGGUGUAUCGCACGUUCAAAGGUACUCCCGUACCCUCGAUAAGCGCCACAAACGAUCACCUCAUGACGGUGAUCGUUCUCGACGAGGAUGUGGUGGCAAUUGAUGAAACGACUGCGACGGGCAUCGUGUUUCCCUACGAAGAGUACAAUGACUGUAUCCAUUUGGCCGAUUUCGUGCUUUGCAACGCUCAUCAAGUCAUACGGAAUUUGAACACCACGGAUAAGUGCGUGGCGGCUGCAUACCUGAAUCGCACGCACCACGGAUCGGACUGCCGAGUGUCUCGUAUUCAGCUGAACCACCCGCUUUGGAUACAGUUGGCCGAUCCGAAUGCCUGGAUCUAUGUGGUACCGAACUUCACCGAUGUCACCAUCCUGCACGGCACCAAUCGUGUGAACGCACUGACUCUGCACGGUGUGGGAAUGUUGCAGCUGCUACGUAUGUGUCGUGUGCGUUCAAAGGACGUGGUACUACAGUACGUGCCACAGCUUGGAGGUUCCGGUACCACCAUUAGCUCGAAGGCAUCAAAUGGAUUUUCGCUUCCCGUUACGAUUACACGCGAACAAUCACUCGAAAUCGGUAGCAGCCCGGGGGAAGUUAGCCGUAUCAUACCGGCCGGUCGUUUGACCGAACACGAGCUGCGCGACUCUUCGAAAAGGGCUGGAAUCUAUCGCGAACCGUCAGCGACAUCUCCGUGGAUCUUCGUGGGGAUCGCUUGUGGUACAUUCAUCGUGAUACUGUUCAUGAACCGGCUGAUUCCACUCGUCAUUACGGAAAUGAGAAGCCGUAUGGCCUCACGCCGGGAACGUAUCCCACAAAGUCUGGACGAUAGUGGCCGAUUGGCUUCACCAGAUACAGCGCAUGGUAGUCAGGAGCAAAACUAUGUACCGACGGCACCGCCACCAUAUGCGAAUUAAGCAGAGCAUGAUCGUCAUUUUGCAGAAUUUACAUGAAGAUAUUUAUGGUUGACGAAGAAUGGCUGUGCCAAAGAACAUGAACAUGAGCUGUAGACGUGGAAAUCAUUAUCCCUCGUUCGAUAGGCGCUUUUGGGAAACUUCUCUGAACGCAGAUCGUUGAGAACAGGUAGCUUUAAAUCUCAUGCCAGUCGCGCAGGAUACGAGUGAUAUAUAACCCAUAUAUUUACGAACCUAUUGGAACCAAGGAUUAAAGUAAAGGGAACGUAGAGCUUAUUGAAAUUAUACUACUUAUACUAUGAAAAGGAACACCAACAGUGUCGCACAAAACGCUCACGAAAUCAGUCCGCUGUUUAUGCGAUCGAAGACGUAGGUGCAGGUUUAUACGGCACGCUGUAUAUAAAUUUUGUUCAACUAAAACAUCUGAGUAGCCUUGGAUUUAAAAAUAAAUUUUCUUGAAAUCAGUUAAUGUCGCUGGAAGAAGAACUCAA